UUUCAGAAGCUAAAAAUUUAAUGUUAAAACACAACCUAUUGUAACGGCCUUUUUGAAUCCAAACAGAGUGGCGUGCUGUUAAGAAAAGAAACAUCGCUGGUGCUAACAUUGGACCUUUUAACAUCAGCUGUUUGGAUCUCGUGUCACGCAUUCACCCCUUCGCAUUGCCAGCUGUCAGCUGUUGUCACUUUUUCGACGGUCGUGUGGAAAAUUCAUGCAAAAAAUCCCCUAUUGAUAAACAAUAAAUAAGUGUGCGGAAAAAAGGAAGCCAGUAAACAAUUAAAUCUCGCGUCGUUUUGGUUCUUUUAGUUUUCCUUAAAUCACUUUGCUUUGCGCUUGUGUCAGGCAUUUCUCGGUUAAUUAAUCGGCAAAUCAGCAGCGGCGAUUACCAGUAAUAUGGAUAUUCUGAAGAAAAUGUUCAAAACCGAGGCGGAGAAGGAGCAGGACUCUUCGGUAUCCGCUUCCAAUAAGGAUGAGUUCCGCAAGCCCCAGUGGUUCGAGGAGGCCGAAACGGAUGACGAACUCUUCGACGAUGAUCGCAAGUUCGCCUUCCAGGUCUUCACCAGUCCGCUGGAGAUGCAGAAGCACUUUGAGAGCCAACUUCAAAGGCUCCUGGAGUCCCUGAACGAAAGUGAAGAUGGCUUUGAGCGGGACUUGAAGGGGGACUUUUUGAAGCCGGGAUUCGAGAGCAAGAUCUUGAAGAAGUUUGCCCAGCAAAAGGACCUAUCCCUGGAUACCGACUUGGAUGGCGAGAUCUAUGCUGAUCAGUUGCACUCGCUCAUCCAGCGUUUGAAUCCGGAGGAGAAGGCUGAGCCAGGCGACCAGGAACUAGGCAAUAUUUUGCCCUCGAAUCAGCACGGUUUCCGCAAGGGGUGCCAACGGGCCAAGCUCUCGGAUGAGGAGAUCAUCAUGGGCAGGAUCCAUGGAACGAUUUCCGCCGACGGGGAGAGCAAGUCGUGUGCUCGUCCGCCACGUCCGCCCAUGAAUAACAAGCCGGACAUCAUGACGCCCAUGACUCCGAUGUUGCCGCGCAGUGGAAUGACUCCAUUCGGUGGGGUUUUCGAUGGUAACUAUCAGGGUCCGAAGCUGUUCAGCCAGAGCGUGAUGACCAAGACGGUGCGCAAGCCGGAUGGCAGCUAUGAGACCACCAAGGUGACUCAGGACUCCUCGGGUCACAAGACCACCACCGUAACCCGGAUGGUAGAUGGCCGUAAGGAGACCAUUGUAAGCCACGACGGCGGGGAGGCAUCACCCGGAAUCGGGGCCGGAAAGCCGAAGGAUUCGUUGGUGGCUAAUGGCGAGCGCAACAUAUUCGUGACAAAAGAAGGCUACGCCAUGCCACGGAACCUCUGGUGACCAGUGGUGAACAACUAUUGCCCCAAUCAAGAUAAGCGAUCUCUGCUGCAGCAACAACAACAGAAACAACAGCAACAGUACGGGGAUAAGCUAAAGCGAUUCGUCGGCAACAUAGUCCCGCAUCCACACAACAUCCAAAUUAGAACCUACUACAUUUUAGUUUA